GCGGGUUAUUUCUGAAGUGGAUUGUUUGGUUUCCACUUGGAAUGUAAAACUUGUUUUUACGAGUGUCGAUGGAGUGUUGAUAUGGGCGGGUAAGUAGCAGCUAUGACUUCAGGAGUGACUCGCAAAUUGUAGCACUGGAUCCAGGCCGCUGUCCUUAUCAGGCAGAAGUGAAAAUCUGCAAACAACGAAGGAUGCAUGAGCGGGUUGGUCAUAUUGUUUAAGCAGCAUCUUAUUUUCCCGCCGCAUGAUUCACCAAUGGAACAAAUUCAAAUCGAGUUGCGGAAAAAAAGGAUGAAAUGCCUAUCCAUGAUGAGGUCCGUGGACGCCAGUGCACUGUGACUUGACCGCGCAAGAACAUCUCAUCCGUGCUGCCGCAGGUCUUCGCAUUACUAGUGCGCAUCUGAUUUUGUGGUGAGCGGAGGUCCCCUUUCUACACCGGUAGGCAAACAUCUCCGCUAUGGGGGUUUUGCGCAGCGAGCCCAUGCGUGCGGGCACGCUUGUACUACCGGUGGAGGGUGCCCGGCAGAUGGUGGACGCAAUCGGGUACGAAGUCAACCUGCAGUUUCGCGACGAGCAGGCGGGGCACGUGCUGCCUUCCGCCCGCCCGUACAAGAGGUACACCCAGCGCAUUGAGGAGCUGGAGCGCAUAGUCCGGUUUCUGCGGGAGGAGCUCGCUUCGAUGUUCACGGGCGAUGUGGAGAGCUAUCCUGAGGAAAAAUACCAUCCUCGCCCCCCCGCCGAUAGUUGGCAAACGGGAAUUUCUGAUGCUGCAGUUGUAUAUACGAACUGUAACACCACGAACUUCAAGGCACAUUCUGUAGGCAGUCGGUGGUGCGUCUUAGGUGACGGCAGACGAUGCAGCCAUGCUCAGCUGCUAGACGGUUGCAUAAUUUUUAAACAGGCCUGCGUUCUUCCUGUCGUGUAAGAUGCAGAUACUAGAUCUGUGUACAUAAAUCAGCUGCGCAACGAAUUUAUUUCCCUUUCGAGCAUGCGGCGGGGGGAUUUUAAUUUUUAAAUUUGAUAACGGCCCCACGUCGACCGGCAUGCUGAUUGUCCCCAGCUCGCCCAGCGAGCUAGAAGGACCCCUGCUCGCGCGGGACGGUGGUGCCGACCCCGCCAUGCGACCGCCAGGUGGCGUCGAAAGCUUUCUCCGCCGCGAGGCCAGCUCGUCGUCCAUCGUUCGCUCUGGUUCGGGUCGAGGGGAACGCAGCGCAGGACUGGCGAACAACGAGUCGGAGGCAGUGGACGGGUACACGCUGGACAAAGUUGAGGCCGCCCUGCGCGGUAUUUACGCAGACUUUGUUAGUUUCCAGUCGACUAACAGCGGAUUCGUCCAGGCGAAGAAUGCCGCGGUCGAGGAAAUACACGUGCUACAGACGGUGUACGUAUCCUCUACAAAAGAGCUAGGUAGUCUUUGACAGUACGGCACUUCUUAGAUUCAAAACGCGUUAUUUUCUUGUAAUGUACUAUUUGUUUGCCAGCCCUGGCCGAUGACAGAUUUGUCUGUACUUGCAUUAGUGAUUUUCUGGAGGAUGCUAUGGCCUGGAGGACCUGCAGGGUCUCGGCAGUCCGGUCAGCGAGCGCAGGACCGAGUCCGCGGCGGGGAGCCGAGACGGAACCGGAAGUACAAAAUGAAAAUACAACCUCCUAAACCUCCUCAGGAAGAUGACGUCCUUGUAAGGGCCCAGGAGUGGAACUUGAACUUUAUGCUUGCCUUGAAAAUCUGACCUUAGCAUCAUAUCUGCACUUCUUCGGCCCGGUGACAGAUUCUGUCGUACGAAACAUUCUGUCUCGCAAGCAGGUUGGUUUGUUUGAAGUUGGUGUAUUUCGAGGUUUUACUCUGAUAGAAACAGAGCUGCCACAAGUGGUGGUUGUUGGCCGGCCGGUCGUUCUUACGCGGUAUGCACAGCGGUAAGGGCGGUGUCAAUGAUAAAAAUGAAAUAGUGUGGUCAUGCAUGGUUCAAGUGACGGAAAUUUUGCCUGUUGUCUUCGUAACGGAAAUUGAUGACCGUUGUAUGUAUUCGGUUUUGUAUCAGGCGGCAGAGGAGCGGGUCCUGGUAAUUUGCAUGGCGGUUUCUCUGACCCGGUAGACGUAGAUUUUUUUGGCUCGCUCCUCUGGAUGUUUUGCAGACAUGUUCGGCAACACACCCGCAGCUACUCUACUCCUCGUCGCCUCUCCCUGAAACAUUUUCCUGUGAUACGCGCGUGACUGGAACCAUAUCCGAAUUGGAUCGCCAGCGAUUUCAGCGGUUCCUGUUUCGUGCCACCCUCGGAAACGCCUUCUCGCAGUUUCAGGUAGGUGCCAUGCAUUGCAGAUCCUUUGUUUCUAUUCGGAGAGUCGCAUGUAUGAAAACUACAAGGCGCUCCUGGCAUUUGAUUUUCCUUUCUGUUUCAAAGUCAAAGGCUAUAAAGAAAGUAGCAGAAAAAUGCUACUUGGCGACUAUCCGCGCCUUCGAUCUUCGUACAACUCAGGACCUGCCAACGCCCUUGGAAGACCCGAAAAAGCCGGGGCGGAUGCAGGAGGCUCGGCGAACGGUGUUCAUACUGUACUUCCAGGAUCAGGGGCCGUCCACGCAAAAUCAAAAUGCCAAUACCCGAGGACACAGCGGCAGCUACAUGCGCGAGAAAAUGCUGCGGCUGUGCCAGCAAUUCGGGGCCCACCUGUACGAUGUCGUGGAGGAGGAGCGCGCGCCCGCUCGCCUCCGGGCGCUGCGGGACGACAUCCGCGAGCGCACGUCCGCGCGGGCGGCGGGCGCCACGUUUUUGGCCGAAGAUGUGCGGCGGCUGAAGGCCAUCCAGCCGGUGUCGCACAACCCGCUGCUGGAUGACUACGCGAUGUUUCUGCAGAAGGAGAAGGCGAUCUACGCCACACUGAACUUCUUCCAGGGGGAGGGCGCCUUGCUGCGGUGCGACGUGUGGUAUCCGGUGGCGGAAGAGGACCGCAUCCGGCAGCUGCUGCUUAGGGCGAGCUCCUCCCAAGUUUCCUCGAUGCUGGUGUCCGACCGCUUGGUCAACGACUGGAUCGACGAAAAGUACCACCACGGGCCCACAGCAGAGCUGCGCCCGCCUGGUAUCUUCACGGUUAUUCGUGCACAGUUUAUUUUCAAUGAACUACUUUCCACCGACCAGCGCAGUGUAAAAGUUUGUGAAUCAAGCUCUGCAUAUUAAGAUUUCUUUUUAGAGCAGCCGACGAGCAUAGAACUUACUUGUAAAAAAACCGGCCCGCAGAUUGAUGUAGAAAAUAUGGAAGUGGUCCACCUCGUUUAGAUCCCCUGCCGGUGCCGCCCACGUUUUUUCGCAGUAACGAGUUGACCGGGCCUUUCCAGGAGCUCGUGUUCACCUACGGCAUCCCGCGGUACCAGGAAGUUUCCCCCGUGCUGUUUAGCGUGGUGACGUUUCCGUUUCUGUUUGGCGUGAUGUUCGGCGAUGUGGGACAUGGGGGGCUGCUCUUGCUGGUCGGGCUGUACUUGGUGUACGCGGAUCGGGCCGGCGGGCUGAACCUUCCGAAAUCCGUGCUGCGGGUCCGCUACAUGAUCCUGUUGAUGGGUGUCUUCGCGUUCUACGCGGGGUGGAUGUACAACGAUUUUUUUGGUGUCGGGACCAACGUGUUCGGCUCCCGGUGGGAGCAGCCUGCGAUGAGUGCGGGCCCUCGCCAAUCUGCAUCUUCCGGAAAGACCGCCGCUUUGAGCAGCGGCCGGGUCGACGAGCUUGGCGGGAGCAGGAGCGGCGCGCCGGUGAUGCAGCAGCUUCUUCCGCAGAAACGGUCUACGUUUUCCCCGGGAAACAUUGCGCUCGAGCGAGAGGACGUGACAGCACCACUGCUGCCGCGGUCGCACGACCUGCAGCCGCUGCGGGUCGGGCCUAGCAGCGCUUGGGACCAGAAAAACGACGGGACACUACCCCUGGUUGAAGCAACCGCGGACUUGCGCGAAUUCGGAAAACAGGCUCUGAGCGAAGACGAGCUCGCGAUGGCGGAUGACCGAGACGCUGACCCGCCGAUGUUGCUCCAGGUGAAGCAGAAGGAGCACAAAGGGGGUAGUAUCCCGGUCCGCAUCGAGUGGCACCCGCCUCCGAUGCGUAGCCGUGAGAAAACCGCCGGCGACGACGAGACACCGCGGCACAAUCACCGGCGCGCAGAGACAAGACCGUUGAGGAAUGAUCAUGAUACGACGGAAGUGGAGCAGUCACCGGAGGACAAGCUGCCACGUGAACAAGUAAUGGCCGAGUCAGCAACUGUAGAUGAGGCAGAAUUUCCUGGUGGCUUUCCGGACGAUGAAAAACACGAACAGGACGGGGAGAAUCGCAGCACCGGCGUAGGGCAGGAGAAUGAAAGAGAUCAACAGGAGAGCAAGGCUGCGCCAAAAGACAGCGCUGACAGGACCACGGUCAAGAUGGAUUUUCGAAAGAAGGACACGCUCCCCGAAGAGCAGCGCGGUGCCCUUCGCAGUCGGGUGCCGGAGCCGAUGGUGCCACGCUACGAUGUGUGGAACGGGGCGGCCCCGUCGCAAACAAAACCUUUCGCCUACGCGGGCCCCUAUCCUUUCGGGAUCGACCCAGCCUGGACGGUGGCGCAGAAUAAACUCCUGUUUCUCACUAUGCAAAUGAAAGCGCCAAAGUUCAGAGUUUUCGCUACCGAGGACGCGGUGAAGCCCUGCCAAAUCAUGUCCGGAACACUGGCCAGCAGUAAUAAAUCGCUUGGGCUACUAGUGUCUGAUUUCUGGGCAGUGUGAUGUUGCGAUGUUGCUGUCGGACCAACAUGCAAGUUUGCAGUGGUGAAACGAGUACCAACUUCACCAGAGUGUCAGCCCCAUGUGGCCCGUGGCGGAAUCUUUCUCUGCAUACUACACUCGUUGAAAAUGAAGUUGUCGGUGCUAUUUGGUGUAUCGCAGAUGGCCGUCGGCGUGCUGCUCCGUUGGGCGAACGCCCUGCACGACCGGAGCGCGCUUGACUUUCUCUUUGAAUGCCUGCCCAUGAUGACUUUUCUAGUAUGCUUUUUCGGGUAAGUACAGAGUUUUUUCAUUUUUUUCGUGUUUUCGCGUGGAUGGAUUUCUGGAUGAUUUUGUUUGUGCGUUUUUUAUAAUUCGCGGAACCGAAACUGGUCUUUGUACUCUCUUCAGGUAUAUGGACUACAUGAUUUUGCAGAAGUGGGUACAUACUAUGCCGGAGCAACCGUCGAUCAUCAACUGCCUCAUCAACUUGGCCUUCGGCAAUGACAAUCGCGGAGUUUUUUUCGCGCACGAAGGAUAUUUGAUGCUGACUUGUCUUCUCUGCGUGCCAGUGCUUCUUGUGCCCAAGCCAACGCUGCUCUACUUGCGACACAAGCGGGAGAAGCACAGAAUAGAGUAUAGAGCACAGUUUUCUAUCGCCACAUUUUUAGCAAAAAGUGUAAGUAGGCUGUAUCCGCGGUAAUAAUGCAACAACGUCAACGUCUGCAGUCCCAGUCGCAGUGUACUUCCGAUCUUUGUUUUCUCUGUCUUCUUGCGCAAUCACACUACAGCACGCAUGUUGUAGUAAAUUGGUGUGAUAAACGCGAAGCUGAGUCUUACGCUUGUGCAAGUUUUCCGACCGACAUUCAUCGUCUUAGUUUGUUUGCGAUUUCGGUUUCUUGGUCCCCAGAGACAUUCAUGUGCACUGUUUCUUGAAUAUUUUUGAUGCAGGCGCCUGGCAGCCAACCGGGACGAGGAGGAGCUUGCUUUGGCGAGCGAGGAGCUUGCUCAGCCUCAUUUCGACGCUGGCGAGGUGAUCAUUCACCAGGUGAUCGAGACCAUCGAGUUUGUGCUCGGCACGGUGUCACACACGGCGUCAUACCUGCGGCAGUGGGCCCUGUCGCUCGCGCACGCGCAGCUAAGCGAGGUUUUUCUGCAGUACACACUGCAGGUAGCCAUGGCCAGCUUUGCCGGAAACUGGGUCGGUCGGAGCAUAAGCAUUUUCGUGGCCUUCUAUCAUCCGGAUCGAAGUAGAGUAAACCGUCCCAGAGAAUGAAAUAAGAGACACAGGAGCCAGUCGUGCGCGUUUGGGGCAAAAAAAUCUUAACUGACACUUUUGCAUUUUCAAUGAACUCUCUGAGCAGGCGAUCAUGAGACUGAGAGGUCGAGAAAGGGAACUCUAAGGCGAUAGCGUCGAACAGAAUACAGUUUAUCAUUUGAACUCUCUGAGGCGAGACGGUCUUCGUUCUGAUAUCUUCGCUGUGUGGUUUGCAGUCACUUGUGCCGUCCUGAUGGCAAUGGACUCACUCGAAUGCUUCCUGCACACCCUUCGGCUGCACUGGGUCGAAUUUCAAUCAAAAUUUUACCGAGCCGACGGCCACCUCUUCCAGCCCUUCCGCCACACAACGACAUUGUCAUCCGCCGAGCAUUACAAAAAUGAAAAUAUUGCUUCGCGCUCCUAUCCCGAGUGAGCGACAAGAUAUACUAAUUGUGGCGUAGUCCUAGCCAUGCCAGCUGAUGGUAAAGAUUGUUCGGUCAGGCUCCGCACCCAAAAUUAGUUAAGUUCGAUUUAUCGCCACUCAGUGGAAGUGGGCGGGAGGUAGUGUUUUCAAUUGUAUAGGGACAAUACGUGACCGAUCGACACCUUGUUUGCGGCCUGCUGGAUUGCUGAGCACCGCCCUUCACGCCCAACAGAUGUGGUGAUUAGCGGUUUGAAUCGUUCUGCACCCGGCACGUGGUUUGGCGCUUACUGACACUUCGCGGCGAUUUGUUUGACGAGCUUCCUGUACUGGCUCUAGAACGGCCGCUCGUGAUCUUCGGCGACAGUUAUGCUUGGCUUCUGAAAAAGGAUAGUCAGGCGAACAAAAAUUAAUGACGGAACUGUAGACAGGAUGAAAUGCUGAUCCUUUUAUUCGUUUAUGUGUGGGCUUGAAGGUGACGAAUACAGAGGUAAGUAUAUUUGCGGGCUUAAUGGGCGUUGCGCUGCCUUGUUCGCGUACUAGUCGC